UUAAUUCUUGGAUCAUGCAGAAUCUGAGACCCUUCGUUGCCAAGUGUUACCGUGGAGGGAGAUCGAUUGGAAAUCGCCAAUCUCGCGGUUUCUCUUCAUCAUCAUCACCUACCAAAAAUGAGCCAUCGAUAUGGAUCAAGGAAGUACAUAGCAUGGAAUUUUGGCAUCUGUAUGUAGAGAAAAAGAUAUCCAUAUAUAUUCCAGCUAGGACAAAAGGCUCGAUACAUGAGGGAGGCACUAGAUCUUGGAGCCGAGUUGGCAGAUCUUGCAGCCGCAACAAGGGAAAAAGUGGCAAUUUCAGUCGAUCUUAAUCUUUUCAAACCUAGUAAAGCUCUAGCGGUGUAUUAUGAUGAUCUAGCUGAUCUAGUUGUUGUGUAGUACGUAGCCUGCCUUUGGUUGUGUUCAAAUUUGUGGAUAAUCAUGGUAGGUAGAAUAAAUAUUAGCUCGUUCUCGCGUUUCUUCAGAUUAAUUAUGAUUUGAGGUCUCUGAAAUAUCUAAAAAC